CAGGCAACAGCUGUGGAGAUUUUUUUUUUUGUAUAAAUAAAUUGUAACCCCUUCGAUGUAUUUAUGGUUGGAUUUUCCAUCAAACCAAAAACUCUCCAUUUUCUCUCUCACACAACUCUUCUUCUUAUAGCUCCAGUUUCUUGUUAAAGAAAAAAUGUCAGUGAAUAGUAUAACUGAGUUCUGUUCCUGAAUCCUAAGUGGGGUUUGCUUUUCUCAUCUUUUUUUUUAUGCUGCCCUGUUUCCAUCAUAAACACUCGUUUUUCACUGUAUAAAACACGAAAAACAAGUAAAGUUUUGUUUCUUAACUACUAUUAUUUUGAUUUGAUUUGAUUUGAUUGGAUUAACAUUUGUAUUCUUGUCAAUAUUGAUUGGCGCUUCUAGAAAGUUGUAAAGAGGAAGAACUCAAUUAUGGCUUUCUCAAUAUUUUCGUUUUUUUUUAUCUAGGACUCUUGGAAACUAAACCCCCAAAAAAGUGUAUUCGAAUCUGGAUACUGUGGGUGGUUUCUGUGUGUAGCUGUGUGUGUGUGUGUGUGUGUUUUUUUUUUGACGAAAUUGAGAGUGAAAUGGGAUCCUCUGCAAUGUCUGUUGACGAGAUUGUGGAAGAGAUGAUGAGGCUUAACAAAUCUCUACCAAUAAGGCCAGGGAUAGAUGAAGUGGAAGCAGCAAAAGUUUUAAUUAUGAAUAUGGAGAAGGAGGAACAAAUGAAGUUAGAGACAAUUGCGCGGCAAAACAAAAGAAAAGAUGUACCAGAAGAGGUAUUCAAAAUAUUGCAAGAGAUGCAGAGGAAUUUAGUUUAUUUUCAGAGUAAAGAACAGAAGAGAGAGGCAUUAAAAUUGUUAGAUCUCGAAAAUGUUCAUUACCUGUUCGAUGAAUUGAUUCAAAGAGCUUCGAAAUGCUUGUCAUCUAAUCCUCAAGCUAAUAAUACUUCUUCAGCUUCUUCAAGGAAUUCCAGCAAUUUGUCUUUGGCGAAUUCAUCUUCCUUCAACGGUAGCAGUUUCAAUUCUCCGGCAACUACUACGACUAUGUCUUCGUCGAGCUUUUAUAGUGAGAAAGAGCCUGUUAAAGUGUCUGAACUUGUUACAAGAGACGACAGUUACUUGAAGAAGCCGACAACUGCGUUUCAAAUGGAUGGAAUCGGUGUUGGGCUUCGAUCUGGGAACGCUUCUUCUGCUCCCCAGAUUGUCGAUACCACUUUGAAGCGUAGUACUGGUCAAAAUGGUGAAAAAAUGAGCUUGAUAAAGCUUGCUAGUUUGAUAGAAGUUUCAGCCAAAAAAGGAACCAAGGAGCUAAUUCUUCGAAGAAAACUGUCAGACCAAUUAGAAUGGAUUCCAGAUUCACUUGGGAAGCUAUCAAAUUUGGUGACUUUGGAUUUGUCUGAGAAUCGAAUUGCUGUGCUGCCAACUACCAGCGGGGGUCUUUCAUCGUUGCAAAAACUAGAUUUGCAUGGAAAUAGAAUUGUUGAACUUCCUGAUUCAAUAGGAGAUCUGCUUAACUUGGUCUAUCUUGAUCUAAAUGGCAAUAACCUGAAGACGUUGCCUUUGACUUUAGCGAGGUUAACUCACCUUGAGGAAGUCGAUCUAAGCUCUAACAUGCUAUCUGUACUCCCCGAGGCAGUGGGAUCCCUUGUCAGUCUCAAAAAACUGAUCGUUGAGACUAAUGACCUAGAGGAACUUCCUCACACUAUUGGUCAAUGUACUUCGCUGAAAGAGCUCCGUGCUGACUAUAACCGUCUUAAAGCUCUUCCUGAAGCCUUGGGGCGAAUGGGUUCUUUGGAGAUUCUAUCCGUGCGGUACAAUAACAUCAGGCAAUUGCCUACAACUAUGGCAUCCUUAACAAGUUUGAAAGAGCUCAAUGUUAGUUUCAAUGAGCUUGAGUCAGUGCCUGAGAGCUUGUGCUUUGCCACUACACUCGUAAAACUGAACAUUAGCAACAACUUUGCGGACCUGCAAUCACUCCCUAGAUCCAUAGGAAACCUUGAGAUGCUUGAGGAGCUGGAUAUGAGUAACAACCAGAUACGAAUUCUACCAGAUUCAUUUAGGAUGCUUUCGCAUUUGCGUGUACUAAAGACAGAAGGAAAUCCUCUUGAAGUGCCACCAGGAAACAUUAUCGAGAUGGGAGCACAGGCUGUUGUGCAGCAUAUGGCUGAUCUUGUUGAAAAGAGGGAUGCGAAGCCACAGCCAGUUAAGCAGAAGAAAUCAUGGGCUCAGAUAUGCUGCUUUUCAAGAUCCAACAAACGUAAGCGCAAUGGUAUAGACUAUGUCGUCCAAGCGUGACACACUUAAAAACUCUUGACCCUAUAUUUAUCUGUGAAAUUGAGCUGUGAUUGUGCUGGAAGUGAGCUCUGCCAUUCUUCUUCAAUUCCAACUCUGCCAACAGAAUUAUCAGUAUUUUUUUGUUACCACAUGUUUCUUUUUGCCAGUUGGUUCUAUUUAUCAUCCUCUUUGUAAUAUUUGCUUGUAAUUUUAUGAUGUAUGUUUUAAAAUCAGUUGUUAAAAAUCGAUAUCACACGGCUAUGAAGAGGGAGGAAAUAUCUGUUGUUGUCAAAUUCCCUCAAUGUUAAUGAAUUAUUAUGAGUUGACUUCA